GUGGGUGUGCGCAUGGUGUGGUGGUGCGGAGGGCAGUGAGGUGGCUGCGUGGACACGACGUACGCGCGCUGCUGAGACCUUCGCGCGCGGCGGGUGGAGCAGGCAGGCGAGCAGUGUCCGCGCGCCCUACGCUGCCCGCCCGCCACGCCCAAAUUUUGCUCGGCCGAGCGCGUGUCGCGCGCCGCUCGCGGCACCGACGACGGCCGCUUCUCACCACCACACCACAUUCAGCAAGCAUGGCACCCGGCGCAGCAGGCAAGCCGAAGCGCAAGCGCGCACGCAAGGCGCGCACCGCCGCCGCCCUCGACGCCUCGAGCUCGUCCUCAUCCUCGUCCGACUCGUCGGACAGCGAGCCCGAGCCGGCGCCGGCGCCGGCCGCGGCCGCGCCCAUGGACGUCGACUCGGACAGCGACAGCGACGCGAGCUCCAGCUCCACCUCGUCGAGCAGCAGCAGCAGCAGCAGUGCCGCAUCAGCCAGCUCCAGCCGGGCGCCGGGGCCGUCGUUGCUCCAGCCGGCUGCCGGCGCCAGCAGCAGCGUGCCGGCGUUCAGCCAGCGGCCGCGCGCCUUCUCGCCCUCGCCCACGCCCUCGCUCGACGGCUUCUCCGACGAUGAGCUCAAGCCGCGCCGCGCUGGUCGGACCCGGCUUCCAGACUUGCCGCCGCCAGAGCUUCCGGCGUCUGUCGCCGCCACGGCCGCCGCAGCACCGCGGCGCACGCGCGAGGAGGAGCGCGCCAAGCGUGAGGCCAGGCGUCUCGAGGACGAGGCGCGCCAGGAGGCCGAGCGCGAACAGCGCGCCAAGGCGUUCCGCGGCUUCUGGAUGGAGAUGGUGGCGGAGGACUUUGGCGAGGAGCUCGACAAGAUGCGGAAACGCGAACCAGCACUGGCAGACAGCUCGGCGAGCGGCCGGCUGCCGCUGCUCAUCGAUGCGCUCGGCUCCGGCGCCGAGCUCUUCGCGUCGCGCAGUGCCGCCGACGCCCGCACUGGCGCGGCACUCUUUGGCGCCUCCGCCGCGGGCAGCGGGCGGACAGGCGGCGGCGUCGACGAGAUCAGCCUGGCGAUGGGCGCUCAAUGACGAUAUCACGCUUCGGCACUGGGUACAAGGCGCGCGCGCAUGUGAUUUGAAAGAUGCAAAGGGAAGGGCCCAGAACUGAGGCGCACC